GGAUAAAAAUAGAUAAGAAAAAUGUUCACAAACUUACUGGUGCAGUUGGAGAUUCCCAAUCUAUUGGUACUACAUAUAAUGUUCCUAUAACCAUAGGCACUGAAAAAGAUUCUAUAACAGUUUCUGAAAAAGAAAUAUCUGUAAUCCCUACAAAAAAGGAUUGA